GAGUCGUGAGCAGAUUUUGUCAUCCCGGCAUCGUUGCGCGUUUCUGUCCCGAGAACCGUCAGAAAAAGGAAUAGGCAAUAGAAAAUAGGCAGUAAACAAGCGAAAUGGCCGGGCUAACGUCGUUGGAAGCUGUAAAAAGGAAAAUUAAAGCAUUACAAGAGCAGGCUGACGGUGCAGAAGAGUCGGCAGAGAGGCGGCAGAAGGAACUGGGGCUGGAGAGGGAUGCGAGAGAAUCCGCCGAGGCUGAUGUAGCUUCCCUGAACAGACGUAUCCAACUGGUUGAGGAGGAGUUGGAUCGUGCUCAGGAGCGUCUGGCCACAGCUCUGACCAAGCUGGAGGAGGCUGAGAAGGCUGCUGAUGAGAGUGAGAGAGGCAUGAAGGUGAUUGAAAACAGAGCAUCGAAGGAUGAGGAGAAGAUGGAGCUGCAGGAGAUCCAGCUGAAGGAGGCCAAGCACAUCGCUGAGGAGGCUGACAGGAAAUACGAGGAGGUCGCCCGUAAGCUGGUCAUCAUUGAGAGUGAUCUGGAACGUACAGAGGAGCGCGCUGAGCUCUCUGAAGGCAAAUGUGCUGAGCUUGAGGAAGAGUUGAAGACAGUCACAAACAACCUGAAGUCUCUUGAGGCUCAGGCAGAGAAGUACUCACAGAAGGAGGACAAGUACGAGGAGGAGAUCAAGGUUCUCACAGACAAGCUAAAGGAGGCUGAGACCCGUGCUGAGUUCGCUGAGAGGUCCGUGGCCAAGCUUGAGAAGACCAUUGAUGAUCUGGAGGAUGAGUUGUAUGCACAGAAGCUAAAGUACAAGGCCAUCAGCGAGGAGCUGGACCACGCCCUCAACGACAUGACCUCCAUGUAAUCUAUCACCUGCUUGUGUCUGCUUGUGCGUUAUGCUUAAAUUGUUUACAUCAUUUCACAACCAUCACAGACGCCACCCGCUGGUUGAGAGGCCUCUCUCUACUACAACUAUGUGGCAGUAUCGCCCAACAUCCUGUCCCCUAUGUCUCCACGUCUCUUCUCUACCACAGCACCACCGCACAUUGGGCCUCUGCUGCUGCUGCCAUCCUAUAGACCACCUUUUGUACAGAACCCUGACUCAUUUUGCUUUCUGUAAAAUAAACUUUACAUCCAACCAU